CUCGAGCGUCUGCUUGGAUUUCGCGGCACGUAUAAAUGCCCUUAGCUCAACUGCAACUGCAAAUUUCAACGGUGUAGUUUUUUCAACGACGCAGUGUGAUUUAUAUUCAAAUCUUUCGGAUAAAUAUAAUAUUUUUAUAUGCUUGCGCGGAGCGAUGAAAGAUUGAGUCGACGGAGUAUUAUUUGAUCGAUAUGAGUAACCAGGCAAGGAUUUCGAUUCGAAAUUGUAUUAUUUUCGUGUUUCUGAUAAAUUGCAUACUUAGCGCGUGUGCCGAUGGAAAGAAAAUAACGAGCGAUGCAAGCGACGCGUCAAAAGCUUCACCGAGAAUCAUUGUCAUCGGGGCCGGCGCAGCCGGCAUAGCGGCAGCCUCCAAACUACUCGAGAAUGGAUUCGAAAACGUGAAAAUUUUGGAGGCGGAGGCGAGAAUCGGGGGACGCAUUCACACGGCGCAAUUCUUCGAUUACAGUAUCGACCUUGGCGCUCAGUGGGUGCACGGCGAGAGCGAAAACGUCGCCUACGAGCUGGGCGAGCCCCUGGGCGUGUUCGGCAAAUCGGACGAGCCCGCUCACGGUUUUCGCAGGGCCGAGUACUUCGACUCGCGCGGCAAUAUGCUGCAAAAGGAUAUCGCGAAAAAUCUGACGAGCUUCAUUUCCGAAAAGUUGUUUCGCAUGACCUUCGAGGACAGGCCCAAGUCCUUCGGGGAGUGCGCCGAAAAAUUAUUCAAGGAAAGCUUCGACAAGCAAUCAAAGAUUUACAACGACAAAAACAGAUAUUUGUCUUUACUGGAAUCGAUAACUAACGGGUACUACGGCACCAAAUCUUGGCACGAUUUGUCGGUGGACAUAGAUCAGUGCAAAUUACUUCCAGGCGAUCAAAUGAUCAACUGGAAAGAGAAAGGAAGUUCGAUGCUGCUCGAUAUAAUGAUGAAACAACUGCCCGAUCAAAAACGAGAGCAAUCUCUGCUAAACAAGACGAUUCUCGAUUCGGAGGUGCUUUUCGUGGAUUAUUUACCGAGCGGCGAGGGUCCGCCGGUCUUGAUAACGACGACCAAAGGAUUUUUGUACCAGGCCGAUCACGUCAUCGUGACUGUUUCUCUCGGAGUCUUGAAAGAAAAGUAUAAGUCAUUUUUCAUACCGCCAUUGCCAGAUUACAAAGUUCAAACUAUCAAUGCAAUUGGAUACGGCAACGUAGCGAAGAUUUAUGUUCUCUUUGAAAAACCUUUUUGGAAAGUAGAAGAUCAUGGAAAAGUUUUGCACUUUAUGUUCACGUGGAACGAGGCUGAAAAAAAAACUUUACAGAAUGACAAAGAAAAAUCUUGGGUACUCGGCAUAUACGACGUGUCGACCGUGGAGUACAAACCAAAUCUGCUGGAAAUUUGGAUAGCUGGAAAUUAUUCGCAGGCCAUGGAGCGUCUGCCGGAAUUCAAAGUAUUCGAUCACGCGGUGGAGGUGCUUCAGCAAUUUUUGGGCCGAAAAUACAAGCUGGAAAAUCCCAAAGCCAUGUACCUGAGCCAGUGGUACAUGAAUCCUCAUUUCAGAGGCGCCUACAGCUUCCGAAGCCUGGAGAUGGAAAAGCAAAAAGUCUCCGCGGAUAUGUUGGCGAAACCGCUGGAAAAUUUGAGGGUACUCUUUGCUGGGGAAGCGACUUCGUCGGAUCGAUUCUCAACCGUCGACGGGGCUAUCGCAACAGGCUGGAGCGCAGCCGACACGCUGAUCAAUCAUUAUAAAAAAUAAAACUCUAAAAUUUAUCUUGUAACGAUCGUUAACACGACCGAUGUAAUUUUUUAAAUGAACUAUAAAUCUGUACAUUACUUCUUACGAGAAAAAUUCCUCUCGAACAUCGCCUUUGCUCUACGAUCGCGAUGUUUAUACACAAAGGAAAUAAAACGAAUUGAAUAAAGAUAAAAAAGUGCUCGUAAUCGUUGAAAAAUGUCAAUUAGCCUAGUAACGUGCCAAACAAACAUCUCCGACGGAUGA